AAGCCUUGUUCGCACUUGGCGAGUAUUUUAGUCGAGUACCGAGUAAUUUAGUAGCUAAACUACUUGCUACUGCACAGAAAUCGUUCGCAUUACGGUCCAGUAGAGUACACAAGUGAGUGGUGUUUUGCAACAUGAACAGGCUGCAACGCAAUAGAGUGAAUAAACUGAUUAAGCUAAUCGUAAUGUCUAUUUUAGAAGAGGUGGAUGAGGAAAUUUCUGUGAUUCAGAAAAAGAAAUUAUGGGUACGAAAAUGGAUCGAUAGAAGAGAUAAACUAGGAGCUACUAAUUGUCUUCUGAAGGAAUUAGCAUUCGAAGAUCCCAAAGAAUACUUCGAUAGUUUGAGAAUGUCCGAAAGUUGUGUGAAUUUUCUAUUAACGAAAAUACACUCUCAAAUUCAGCGUAAAGAUACCCAUUUGAGAAGUGCGAUUCCUGCAAUUACAAAAUUACAAGUAGUUCUAUACUUUCUUGCUACUGGAUGUAGUUUAAGAUCACUCACACAUAUAUUUAGACUCGGAAAAUCAACUAUUUCCGAAUUCAUCAUCGAAGUUUGUGAAGCAAUUUAUGAAUCAUUAAUGGAAUUUAUCAAGAUUCCCACUUUUACAGACUGGAAAAUAAUUGAAAAUGGUUUUCGAGAACAGUGGAACUUUCCAGGGUGUUGUGGAGCAAUCGACGGCAAACAUGUCGUCAUUAAGGCACCCCCUGAAUCAGGAAGUUUAUACUACAAUUACAAAGAGACAAACAGCAUUGUCUUAAUGGCUGUUGUUGAUCACAAAUAUUGCUUUAGUUACAUAGACGUUGGGUGUAAUGGAAGGGUUUCUGAUGGAGGCGUAUUUCGUAACUGUAGUUUGUACGAAGAAUUAGAAAACGGUGUUCUACCAGAGGGUCAUGUCUUAGUUGGCGACAAUGCAUUUCCCUUGAAAGAAUAUUUAUUAAAACCUUUUCCAGGAAAUCGAUUAACGCUACAGCAAAAAAUUUUUAAUUAUCGUUUGUCUCGGGCUAGAAGAAUAGUCGAAAAUGCCUUCGGUAUACUGGCUGCCAGAUUCAGAGUGUUUGAGAAACCGAUGCCUUAUAGUCCUGAAAAAGUUGUUAAGAUAGUAAAAACCUGUUGCGCUUUACAUAAUUGGCUCCGACAAACAAAAUUACAGAACAGACAGUAUGAAUACACAGUAGACUCAGAACAUUUUGAAGCAGGAACUAGCGUUCCUGGUAAUUGGAGAAAUGAGCCACAAUCUCUCGGAAUGCAACCAAUACCUAUUUCUUUAAGUAAUCGUUCAUCCCAAAGGUCUAUAAAUCGUCGGGAGAAAUAUGCAAAUUAUUUUGUCGGAAGCGGAUCUAUCCCUUGGCAGGCAAGAAUGAUACAUUGAAAACUACCGGCCUACCAAUACUACAGUCUAAUUAAUAAUAUAAUUAUUAUAUUUUAAUAAUGUGUAUAAGUAGCUAGAUAGGUACUUACCAAAUUACUUUCACUUUGUGUCAGUGUUGAGGUUAAGUUUCGAAGGGAUGCAUCCAAUAAACUGAACCAUUUUACAGAAGGAAUAUAAAUCGUGUCGGUCCCAGCGCCUGAACUUUUGGAGUCCUUUAUUUUUUUUAACUCCUGCGAGUAAGUCGAUCUAUAAUAAAGGAAUGGAUCUCGUUAGGUAAAACUACUUCUCAAAACAAUAGGUAGUAAUAAUAAUUAAGAGCUUAUUGUAUCAUAGUAAUAAAUAUGCUUUUCAAAUACUUAAAAUAAUAAAAUUAUGCACUAA